CGUGCGCGCGGCGCGCUCGGCGGGCGCCGCGGCGGCGCCCGCGCCGCGGCGGCGCGUGCUUGGCGUCGUGCUGCUCGCGUGCGCGGUGGUGGCUGGCCGCCCCGUGUGGCCCCGACCGCGCAGCACCACCACGCCGGCCUUCGGGGGCCGAGCUGCCAGUGGCGCCCGGGCCUCGGCAUCGCCGUGCCCACGCCUGGAGGGGGAGCUCUCGCCGGCCGCGCGGAAGGCGGUCGAGGUCGCGACGGGGGCCAUCAGCAGGGCCGACGCGGCCGCGGGCGGCGUGUCCCGGGCCCUGGCGGCCGCGGCCCGGACCACGAAGGACGCCGUGUCCCCCGCCGCGCGGGCGUCUCAGAGGGCGGCUCGCUCCGCCGCCACGGGCGCCUCCGGCUGCGCCGCGGCCACGGGGCGGCUGGCCAUCGGCUCGAUGAAGGCAGUGCGCGACGCAGCGCUGGUCGAAGGAGGCGGGCGCGGCCGCCUAGAGGCGCUGCGCGCUAGGCUGGAGGGGGCUGCCGGCCGCACGGCGGACAGCGUUGCGGAGAGGGACGACCGCCCUCGCGACGGGCCUCUUGUCCAGCGCGUCGGAGCUGGCCGCCAGGGGAGCGUGGGCCGCCCGGCUCUCUCUCGCCCGCGCGGCGGCCGGGAAGGGCGCGACCGUGGUCGCGGUGGGCCACUGAGCCGCGGCGGGUUGCGCCCAGGCGCUCGCGGCGGGCGUGGGCCCGUACCACCGGACGGGCGGAGCCUGAGUCAGAACCGAGCAUAGCAGAAGACCUCCCGUCGUGAUUGCUUCAUGACCCGAGGGGGUCUGGGCCGUGAGCCCCGUGCAGGCCCCGCGCGCCGCCGAAGGGCAGACGCAUUUCCGAUCGCGGGGGAGUGCGCGCUGCGCCCCCCCGCUGGGCGUCCGUCAACUUUUUAGUCACACCGUGCACUCAUUCGUGAGUGCCCCGGUGGUGAUCCUCGAAUCUCUUCCGCGGGGAGGCGUCUUUGUAAAUAUCAGCGCCGGGUAUUACGCCGCGUGCGCCGCACGAUCGCUGGGAGCGCGCCGACUUUGACUAGCGCGCCCUGCUUGCUGCGGUGCAGGCCAGGCAGCCUCGAGAGACCUCGCGGGGUGUUCCCUCCAACAAAAA